AUGAAAAGUUACCGCUUAAUAAUUCACGUAUUAAUUUUCCUAUUAAUAGGAUACUCUGGAUGUUCUGAUAAACCUACAGAUAAACCAGAUAAUCUACACACAGAGCCUACAUCCAGCUGUGACGAAGAUGAUAAUCAGGUAACUGAAACUACUGAACAAUCUUGUCAUGAACCUGUUAAGGAUCCAAGAACAGAACCAUACCCACAACCACAACAACCUCAUCCUGAACCACCCACUACUCAGGAUGAAAAACAUUAUUUAUUAGGAUCUAGACCUAGAAAAGAUGGAGGAAUAAAUCUAGUUCCAAUUACUCAUCUGGAAUAUAUACCACCCCAAGCUAAACAAGAACAACCAAGUCAACCUCAGUAUUAUCUACCACCUCAACCUUAUCAACCUGAACCGUAUCAACCAAUUCAACCUAUAUCACAACCACCUUAUCAACACUAUUAUUCUGGAUAUGGACCAGAACCACCUACACAUCAGUAUGGACAUUAUGGUCCUCAACCAACUCAACCACAGUAUCCAGGUUAUCAACCUCAGCAAUAUUAUCCUGAACCAUAUCAACAGUAUCCACAGCCACAGUAUUCAGGUUAUACAGGUUAUGAUCCACCUCAAGGAUACCAACCUACAGCUCCUCAGGGAUAUUAUCAUUCAGGUUAUCAACCACCUCAACCAGGAUAUCAACCUUAUCAAUUACCUCCACCUCCACCUGUAUCCGUACCUGUACAACAGUAUCCACUACCACAACCACCUCUACCACAUCAGCCUCAGCAACCACCCGGUUAUGAACCAGGAUAUUCUCCAUAUCAACCUUAUCUACCACAACAACCUUAUCCUGCACAGCAGUAUCCAGAAUAUUAUCCUGGACCUCAAUAUCCUCCACCUCAUCAACCUAUUCAACCACAGCUAGGAUAUCAACCACCACCUAUACCUCAACCUGUACAACAUCCUCUACCUACUACUAUACAAUAUCCUAAUCAACCAAUACCAACGCCUCUACCACCACAAACUCGUCAACAACCACAUCCAGGAUAUCAACAGACUCCAACACAACCUCCACCUCAUCCACAGCCUCAACCACCAUAUUAUACUGGACCACCUACACAACAACCACAGCCAGGACCUGCGUAUCCACAAUAUUAUCCAGGAUAUGGACCACAACCUAGUCAAGGACCCCCUAAACCUCAAGCUGUACAACAUCCACAUCCAAGUUAUCAACCUACUCAACCUCAAGCUGUACAACAUCCUCAACCUAGUCAACCCAGUCAAGUUACUCAAUAUCAACCUACUCAACAUUAUCGACCUCCCAUUCAGUAUUCAGGACCUUAUCCUAGACCUACUGCACCAUUAAGACAACCUUCAAAUCUGGAGACAGUAUCUUAG